AUGACAAAGAGAGCUUGGUUUAAGUUAUUUCUUCUCGCUGGGCAAGAAUUCGAAGACGUGCGCCUCAGUAAGAGCGAAUGGCCACAACACAAGUCAGAAAUGCCGUUCGGUCAGUUACCGGUGCUGGAAGUCGACGGAAAGCAACUAGCUCAAUCACAUGCCAUUGCUCGUUACGUGGCCAGACAGUUUGGCCAUGCUGGAAAAACUCCCUUUGACGAGGCACUCGUCGAUUCAAUCGCAGAUCAAUACAAGGACUUCGAUACAGAGGUGUGGCCCUUCUUCGCAGUACUACUAGGAUUCGAGAAGGGUGACUUGGAAGUUCAACUGGAAAAGACUUUUGCACCAGCUCGUGACAAACUGUUCACUUUCUUGACAAAAUUCCUUGAACGUAAUGGAAGCGACUCGUUGACCUGGGCGGAUCUGCUGUUAGCAGAACUGGAUACGUAUUCGGAAAAGAUCCCAGCGCUCUAUGAAGGAUUCCCAGAGGUGAGCUUUGUAACAUACACUCACGUUCACUUUGUGCUGCAUGCCUUACUCGGCUAUAAAAGUUGA